ACAUGAUGUUACGUCACCGGGAGGUGCCGCGUUUCCUGUUGCGGAAGUGAGAAACUCUGCUGAAACUCAAUGCCAGCCUGAUUUUCGCGCAGUUUUCUUAAUAUUUGUGUUUCAGUCAUACCUUUUCUAUAGCUAUAACAUCGCAAGAAUGACAGACACGGGAAAUCGUUUGCGUAAGUUGCUGGAAUCCCCUAAUUUUGACCCUCAAUCAUACGUGAAGCAGCUCUCGCAGCAGUCUGAUGGUGACCGAGAUUUACAGGAGCACCGUCAGAAAAUACAAACACUAGCCGACGAAACCGCACAAAACCUUAAGAAAAAUGUCUACAAAAACUACAGACAGUUUAUUGAGACGGCUAAGGAGAUUUCAUACCUGGAAAGUGAGAUGUAUCAGCUGAGUCACAUUCUCACUGAGCAGAAGAGUAUAAUGGAGAGCAUUACACAGUCUCUCCUGUCCACUGACAAAGAUGAAACAGCCAAAGAGAUGCUGGCAGCCUUCCCCAAAGAAACAGAAGAGGUGAAACAAAGGACCCUAACCACACUCCUGGAAAAAGUGGAGGGAUGCAACAACAUCAUGGAUACUCCAGGCAGAUAUCUGGUCUAUAAUGGUGAUCUGUUGGAGUAUGAUGCAGAUAACAUGUCACAGAUCCAAAAAGUCCACGCGUUUCUGAUGAACGAUUGCCUGCUCAUCGCCACAUGGCUGGCAAACAGACGUGGAGCUGUUAAAUACAAAUACAAUGCCUUGUACGAUCUGGAAAGCUUUGCCGUUGUUAACGUAAAAGACAACCCUCCGAUGAAAGACAUGUUCAAAAUCCUCAUGUACCCUGAGUGCCACAUCUUCAAAGCUGAGAACAGCAAGAUCAAGAAGGAGUGGCUGGAGAUCCUAGAAGACACUAAGAAAAACAAAGUGGCAAAAGACAAGCAUAAAAAAGAAGAGGAGGUGCCGACGUCACCGGUCAGGCAGGAAGUCUCCACAAACCCGUUCGAUGUGGAAGAGCCUCUGGAUUCAGAGGAGAUGGUGGAUCUGAGCCCCGAAUGGAUCCAGGAGCUGCCUGAGGACCUGGAUGUGUGCAUCGCUCAGAGAGACUUUGAGGGUGCUGUUGAUCUCCUGGAUAAGUUGAACGAAUAUCUCAAGGAGCAGCCAGUGAGUCCACGGGUGAAGGAGCUGAGAGGCAAGGUGGAUGAGCGUGUUCGACAGCUGACAGAGGUGUUAGUGUUCGAGCUGUCCCCUGACCGCUCCCUCCGCGGCGGACCCAAAGCCACACGGCGAGCUGUCUCGCAGCUUAUUCGCCUGGGCCAAUCCACCAAGGCCUGUGAGCUCUUUUUAAAAAACAGAGCUGCGGCAGUACAAACUGCCAUCUGGCAACUUCGCAUUGAGGGUGCCACACUGCUUUACAUCCAAAAACUCUGCAACAUCUUUUUCACAAGCUUACUUGAGACCGCUAGGGAGUUUGAGACGGAUUUUGCAGGCAACACUGGCUGUUACUCAGCAUUUGUGGUCUGGUCUCGUUCGGUGAUGAAAAUGUUUGUUGAUGCCUUCAGUAAGCAGGUGUUCGACAGCAAAGAGAGCUUGUCGAUGGCUGCAGAAUGCGUUAAUUUUGCCAGUGAGCACUGCAAGCAGUUGAGCGAGAUCGGCCUGGAUCUUACCUUCAUUUUACAGUCGCUACUGGUGAGAGACAUCAGAGCAGCUCUCCAAAGCCAGAAAGACAUUAUCAUAGAGGCCACUAAGCACCGUAACUCUGAGGAGAUGUGGCGUAGGAUGAACCUGAUGACUCCCGAGGCUCUGUCGAAACUUAAGGAAGAAAUGCGGAGCUGUGGGAUCAGCAGCUUUGAACAGUACACGGGUGAAGACUGCUGGGUCAACUUGAGCUACACCAUUGUGGCCUUCACCAAGCAGAUGAUGGCCUUCCUUGAAGAGGGGUUGAAGCUGUACUUUCCUGAGCUGCACAUGGUGUUUCUGGAGAGCCUGAGGGAGAUCAUACUGGUAGCCGUACAACAUGUUGACUACAGCCUGCGGUGUGAGCAGGAGACAGAGAAAAAGGCCUUCAUUCUCCAGAAUGCAUCGUUCCUGCAUGAAAUGGUGCUGCCUGUUGUGGAGAGGAGGUUUGAGGAAGGAGUGGGCAAACCAGCCAAACAGCUGCAGGAUCUGAGAAAAAGCUCUCGGGCCGUUAGGGUCAACCCUGACAGCACCACGUCUCUUGUUUAACAGAGACUGAAAUCAAUAUUGAUCAAUAAGACCACUCAUGCACUACCACAGAUGUCUUACAAUCUCAAUGGAUUUCACUUAGUACACUCAUAGACUUAUAUUUGGUGUUGUGAUGUACUCUCCAAUUCUUUAAGUCACAAAUAAAAACUGUAUAACACUUAAACUCAUAAUAUUAAAUGUAUUAAUUGUGCUUUAUACACUGAUCAGCCACAACAUUAAAACCACCUGCCUAAUAUUGUGUAGGUCCCCCUUGUACCACCAAAAUAGCGCCAACACGCAUCUCAGAAUAGCAUUCUGAGAUGCAGUUCUUCUCACCACAAUUGUACAGAGCAGUUAUCUGAGUUACCAUAGACUUUGUCAGUUUGAACCAGUCUGGCCAUUCUCGGCUGACCUCAUCAACACAGCAUUUCUGUCCACAGAACUGCUACUCACUGGAUGUUUUUUGUUUUUGGCACCAUUCAGUAAAUUCUAGAGACUGUUGUGCAUGAAAAUCGCAGGAGAUCAGCAGUUACAGAAAUACUCAAACCGGCCCAUCUGGCAACACCAAUCAUGCCACAGUCCAAAUAACUGAGAUCACAUUUUUCCCCAUUCUGAUAGUUGAUGUGAACAUUAACUGAAGGUAUUGACCCGUAUCUGCAUGAUUUUAUGCACUGCACUGCUGCCACAUGAUUAGCUGAUUAGAUAAUCGCGUGAAAGAUUGUUGGUGCCAGACGGGCUGGUUUGAGUAUUUCUAUAACUGAUGAUCUCCUGGGAUUUUCACACACAACAGUCUCUAGAAUUUACUCAGAAUGGUGCCAAAACAAAAAAAACAACCAGUGAGCAGCAGUUCUGCAGAUGGAAAUGUCUUGUUAAUGAGAGAGGUCAAUAGAGAAUGGCCAGACUGAUUUGAACUGACAAAGUCUACGGUAACUCAGAUAACCACUCUGUACAAUUGUGGUGAGAAGAACAGCAUCUCAGACUGCUAUUCUGAGAUGUGGGUGUGCUGUUUUGGCAGCACGUGGGGGACCUACACAAUAUUAGGCAGGUGGUUUUAAUGUUGUGGCUGAUUGGUGUAGAGAGGCAGGUGUUGAUUCUUCGUUUAUAAUUAAAUGUAUAUUAUAAAGCAAAUGGAAAUUAAUAUUAGAGUACCUGCACAUGUCUCUUACAGUUCACCCAAAAAUGAAAAUACUGUCAUAAUUUACUCAAGCUCAUAAUGUUCCAAACCUGUAUGACUUCCUUCUGUGGAACUAGGGAUAGGCGAUACCACUUUGCUUUUCGAUCUAAUACCAAGUACCAUCAAGGCCAAUAUCGAUACCAAUACUUAUUUUUUUAAAGUUCUGAGGAUAAAAUGGCUAAUUUUAGCCAUUUAAUAUAUUUAAAAACUGUAAUUUUAACAUGUAUAGGCCUGAACUGUAAAUGAUCAGUCCUAUGUUUUUGUUUAUGAUUUAUUAACAACUAUUUUAAAACAUUAUCAAUAUUUUAAUUUUAAUAAAAUUAUACAAGCAUCACAAAACCCAUUAUUAUUGUCACAUUUAGCUUUGUUGUUAUGUAGUUUGACAAAAGGUGAUGUUAGGCAGGAUGACAACCUUUUAGUCACCUUUUACUUUGUCACCUUUAAUAAAUAAAGAAAAAGAUGCUAUGAAAGUGAAUUUUGACUGAAGAUGUCAUUCUGCAUCUCCUUGAAAGUCAGCAAAUAUAGAAGUACAAUGAGGGUGAGUAAAUAGUGAAAUUUUUUAUUCUUGGGUAAACUAUCCCUUUGAAAAAUCCACACUCCAAACUAUUUGUCAUUUCAAACAUAAAAUAAUUUACCGUUAAACAUAAGCGAGAGUUUGUUCCUUUUGUUCAUUUGAAAUAUUAAUGUGCAUUAAAAUCGCAUCUGAUCAAAGAAAAUAUGAAUAAGUUGCAUUAAUUUAAUUUAUUUUUUAAAUGUAUUGCCCCUAAGACUUUGGAUAAAAAUUUCAAAGCCACAUUGUUGACAAUGACCCCGUGUGUUGGAAACACAAUAUACCUCUUUCAUUUGUUUCUCCUUAUUACUGCUGUUUUGGUUCUCUGCAAAACUACAUACCCUUGAUCAAAUAUUCACAAUGUCUUUUUGAACCAUGUUUUUGUUGUUUUAACCCUCCUGGCACAUAAUGUUCUUUUUUUCGGUUAUGAUAUAAGGAAAAUGUUUGUUGUGCUGUUAUUAACUGUUUAAAACAAGAACUUAAAUGCAUGAAGUAAACCGAUCUCCCUUCAUUAUUUGAUGUAGUCUUGUUUGCAAUGAUUGUGGAUAUUCACACAACCUUUUGGAUGCUAGUUUUUCCAGUAGCAUAAUCCUCUGGUUUAUGACAAGAGUUAAUUUUCGCUUGGCAGAGCCCCAAUCUAAUCUCACGCAUCAGUCUCGCUCUCUGAACAAAACGGCACGUGAGGAAAGGUUAAAUUAAUCCGAGUCCGUCAAGCGCGAGAGUGCUAUAGCUGCGCAGAUCGCCAACACUAGCUUGGAAAGCAAGGUUUUUUUUAUUUAUAUGUACUCUUCUGUCUUUUUUCUUUCUUAUACAGUAAAUACUGUAGACCUAUAUGUAGCCUACAACCCAGCAAACAGUGAAACAAUGGUUUUCUAUAAGCUCACCAUCGAAAGUAAAAUUUGUAUUAUUUACCAAUUAUUAAUUAAAAAAACUGUAUAAAAUGGUAUGUGUGUAGCCCUACAGCAAAUGAGAACA